GUCCUAUCAUCAGUCCAUUCACACGCGCACAUCAAACACCAAGACACCCCCAUCGACACCUUAGAUCAUGUCUACCGUCCUUCUCCCCGACUCCCGCAUCACCUCGAUGGUGAUGGGGAACGACAUCUUUGCAUACGCGCAGGCCUAUGACGGCGAUGUGUACCAGUUUGUAGGUGCUGUUGAAAACGGAGUGACUUACUACGGCCAGAGGAGGAGGUCGGGUGUCAUCAUCGAGCGUUUGAGAGGCAACAAGCCUGGGCCCAACGCCCCCAAGCUCUUCACUCCGCUUGCCGCCGUGUCCUUCGCCGAUGAGCUCAACAAGCCGAUGGCUGAAAAGUUCGUCUUUUAUUUGGACGACAACAACAUCCUCCACGACCAGUACUGCAACUCGACCACCAACAAUGAGUUCAAACACGGGUCUUUGUCCAGCCUGAAAAUCGAAUGUGCUCACUACUCGGCCUUGGCCGCCGUCACCAUCAAGGGCGACGUUGUGAACCACAUGUGUGUGUUCUACCAGACCCCUGGCCAGGACGCUGCCGUGAAGAUGGUUAGUUUUGCCGGCAGGCAUCGAUCCUGGCACGAGGGUGAGGCCAACCUCAGGGACCCUCCCCUCUACGGCACCUCUUUGACCGCAGUGCCCCCUCGUUCCGGCUACCUUGGACGCAGUGUGGACAGGGCACAUCAGCCUCUCCCGCUGUCAGGCUACGAUAACGACGGCAGGCCGGUGGCAUUCCCGCCUCACACGAGCCUUACUGCAGUGGACAAUGGCUCGCAGCUCCAUCUUAUCUACAAGUCCCACUCCGGAACGGUGAAAGUCAUCCGUCUCGACCCCACCCAAGGCCUCCAAGUGCCCGAAGUCUUCUUCCACGACCUCAACGUGGCGCCCAGGAGCUACAUAUCCGCGUGCCUUGCCCCCAACACGGGCACGAACACCAGCAUCGUCCUGUUCUAUCAGGUCCUCAACGAGGUCACCAGAAAGGUCCAGAUGACGGCCAGGGUGGUAUCCAGGCCCAGCACUGCCGCCAGUGGCACCCAGUGGAAUGUGUCGAACCCGGAGACUCUCGGCGUGUGA